AUGGCCGGAUCCGGCGACUGCGCCGGCGGAUCUACCGUCGGGGUGGAGCUGGCGCUCGGGGCUGCGCGGAUGCGGAGAGGACCGACGCGGGCGGCGCGCGGAGUAGGCCUGCGCGUGGAUCUCCUCAACGGCGGUCGGGCCGCGGGAACGCGCGUGGUUCCAGUGGCCCCGAGGCCGGAUCCGUCGCCCCCUUGGCUGGAUCUGGAGGGCCGCUGCGGGUGCUCGCCGGCCGGCGGCCGUGCGCGGGAGCGAUGGUCGCUGCGGGCACGUUUCGCAGGGGCGGCGGCGGCUGCCGCGGCGGCGGGCGCUGCGGGCGUGGGCUGCUGCAGCGAGGGGGGCGGCGCCGAGGUUUCUCCGCCCCUCUACCUGCGACGUGCGGUCGGCGGAGGUGUGCGGCCGGCGGCGCGCGGGACGGCGAGGCGAGGCGCGCGGGCCGGUGAGGUGCUCGGCCGGAGAGGUGCGGCCGGUGGAAGGCCCUACGCGCGAGUCCGGCAGGGGCCGUGCUGGGCGCGCGGCCGGCGUGGCGAGCGGGCGGCGGAAGGCGUGCUGGGCGCGUGGCCGGCGAUGCGCGCGGCCGGCGGAGGGUGCUGCACGACGGCCGGUGGUGGAGCGGGACGACAGAGGAGCGACAUUGCUGCACAAUGA